AUGCCGGAAUUCUCGCGUCUCAUCCGCUUUCUGGCUCGGGAUGGCAAUGUUUACUACGGAGAUGCCAUCCUGCCCUCCGGUGCCCCCGACCUGACCGGCGUGACGAAAGCCCGGGUGAUCCAAGGCGACAUCUUUGGUCAGCAUCGCGUAACAGAACAAAUUGCCGAAGUUAAACUGCUCUUGGCCCCGUUGGCGAGAGGCGAUGUUGGGACUGUUCGCGGUCUGGGGUUGAACUACGAGCAACAUGCAAGAGAAUCCAACUUGCCCACGCCCAAGUACCCGGUACUCUUCUACAAGCCGGUGACGGCUAUCUCAGGUCCGACCGACGACAUCCCCGUCCCUCUCAUGGCACAAGAAAGCGAGGGUCUGGACUAUGAAUGCGAGCUGGUGGUCGUGAUCGGCAAGGAAGCCAGAAACGUCCCCGAAGAUCAAGCACUGGACUAUGUACUCGGGUACGCCGUCGGCAAUGAUGUUUCCCAUCGAGACUGGCAGAUCAAGCGUGGUGGAGGGCAGUGGGCAUUGGGGAAGGGCUUCGAUGGCUGGGCACCUUUCGGUCCCGGCAUUGUGUCCUCUAGCUUGAUCCGUGAUCCGAAUGAUUUGCACAUCUCGACGAAGCUCAAUGGCCAUACGGUCCAAUCUUCGUCAACCAAGGAUAUGAUCUUUGGUGUGGCAAAGAUGGUUUCGUUCUUGUCGCAAGGCACCACCCUGUUGCCAGGUGAUCUGAUUUUUACCGGAACCCCGCAAGGUGUGGGUAUGGGCCGAAAACCAGCACUUUGGCUCAAAGACGGGGAUCGUGUGGAAGUUUCCCUCGAGCGAGUGGGGUCGUGCACGAAUCAGGUAGUCUUCGACAAUAUCACCCCCAAGCUCUGA